GUUUUGCUUUGACCCUUCAUUAUUUCUCAGUUUAGCCCUUUCUGCUCCGGAGCUUCCCCCCCUCCGUGUCCUCCCGCCGGCCACCAUGGCGCAGGCAGCCCCGGCCAGCGUUGCCCCCGACGCCGCUCAACCCCCGAUGCAGGUGGAGCACGACAAAAAGCGUCGGCAGUUUGUUAUAAGACUGAAUGGGUCUCACGAUCGGGCAGUUCUCCUGUAUGAAUAUGUCGGCAAAAAGACGGUGGAUUUGCAGCACACCGAGGUUCCAGACGCUUACAGAGGGAGAGGAAUUGCCAAGCACCUGGCCAAGGCCGCCAUGGAUUUUGUGGCGGAAGAGGACCUGAAAGCCCACCUGACCUGCUGGUACAUUCAGAAAUAUGUCAAAGAGAACCCUCAGCCUCAGUACUUUGAACACAUUUGUCAAUGACCCCACGCAGCUGUGGCCGAGAAGGAGACAGAGACUCCCAGGAGAUGAACUCGAUGUGGUGGCGGCAGCAGCAGCCACAGCAUCUUUUGAAGAUGCAGGCUGAUAUACAGUAAAAUACCUUCCAGGCACAUUGAGUGAAUCCAGAGACAGCGGGGAAGUCGUCUGUGAGCUGUACGUUAAGUCUGGGGUAAUUGCCAUAACGUGUGGGAGGCAGUUGAACCAGAAACAGGAAGUGAAUCAUCUGGUCGUUACAUGUACACACGUGCAAACGAAUCAACCAAAACCGAAGCCUGUUACCUCAGACAGAAACCUGCAGGUUGUCGAACCAUCACUGACACUGAGCAAGCGUUGGGUUUAUCAUGAGAACGUGUGGGAAAAAAAAAAGACUGCAAAUGUUCUGUCCUGCUUUGGACUCGCUGUUUGUGAUCAGCCCUAUGAAGAUGGACCAACCCCGGGUCUUUCUCUGUGAGGACUGGGACGGAAGCAGUUACGGCUUCACUGACGUCCAGAUGAUCACGACUUUUAUAAUUCAACUCCCUUUUGAUAUUCUUUGAGUUUUUAUUUUUUAUUUCCGUUUGUGUUCCACUCUAUAAACUUGUGUCCCUUAGGGGCUGAAAUGCUAAUAUAUUAGGUUUUGAAUACUAAACACAUCCUUGAAACAUCAAGCUAUUACAAUUUCGUUUUCUAUGUUACUGCAAAAAGGUAUAAGAGACAUGUCGGUAAUGGGUAAUUCAAAAAUAGAUAUAAUCUGUAUUUUGAAAACACUUAUUUCUCAAAUUUUCAAUUGAGUUCCACUGUUACUCUGUCCGCUUCCAUUCUUCCCAGUAACAGACACUUAUUGUCCACAUUGAAAAGUCAAAGGUGCAAGAAUUUGUAAACCAAAGAACACAAUGUGAGGAUGUCUAGCUCUGCAGGUACAACCAUUUUCUCCAUUGUAGGUGUUACAUAUCUCACACACACAUAAAUUAGGUGUGAAGCGUGUCACUAUGCAGCGCAUGACUUAAGUGUGUAUUUGGAUCAAUAUCUCUGCUGAAACCAGCAUUUCACAAACAGCAGUGCUAUAUAUUCAGGGCAUUUACAUUCUGUGGUGUGGUUGAGGCGUGUGUUUUCUCGGCAUUUGUUGUUUCAUUGAUGAUGAAGAAGGCAACAAUUUACUGACAAAAUAUGGUUUACUGUUAUUUCCCUUCUCACGGCUCCUCUGGAGUUUUUUUGCAGGUGACAAUCUUAAGUGUUGAGGAGAAAAAACCCUCAGGUUACGCAACACACACUGGCAGGACGUGCAUCAACGUGCGACGCAGACUAUCUGCUUGAAUAAGGAAAAACUUUCCCUUUGUAAAGUUUAUUUAAGGUGGCACACACCUAUUGGAUGGUUAAGGUAUUCAAAGCAUUCUUUCAUUUUGUAGUUUUGUUUAUAUUUGUGUGUUUUCUUGAAAGGAGUCAGAUGCUGAUGAAACAGUGUUUAGCGGAUGGUUCUUUCAAAUCAGCAUGUGGUGGAUGUACCAAUCCUUUAUAUGGUUUUGUGCUUGAGACUUUUCUUUUCUGUUACUGUUGUGUGUGUAAAUAAAUUCAUCUAAUACUCCCA